GCGUAAGUCGCGUCGGUCACGGUCUCGUCACACUUAUUCCCAACGCGUGGUGUGACAGCCUGCAUGACCAAGUCCACCACCUUGAUCAGUCGCUGAACGUUCGACGUUCAUCCUUUACCGACCUACCAUCUAUACUGAAAUUGAUUUGACUGCACUGAAAUCGAACCUGUUCAAUGUCUGCUUUACGGAUCGCCGAUCGCAAGGCUUCUUUCAAGUCGCCGCCUGUAUACUUAAGCGAUCCUCGAGCAAGUCAAGAAGCCAGGAGGAAGAAAGCACUUGAAGAGCAGAAACCGGCGCGCGGAACGUUUCGACUCCUCGAGACAACUCGACUCCUUCGCUGCUCUCAACCUUGGGCCCUCGGAUGAUGAGGAAGAGGAAUAUGAUGCAUAUGCGCCUCCGAAGAGUCCUGAGAUAGUCCAUGAAGGAGUAGCACCUUUCGCGUCAAUGCUGGUCCCUGCGACUACGAGUACCAGUGCUCCAGAAACUCCUGCAGUUACCAGUGAGUUAAUACCUCCUGAACAGGAAAGCGAUCUACAGACCAUUGGCAAGAAGAGAGGGAAGAAACGUAAAGGCAAAGCCCGUGGAGGCAAGCCACGAUCGACACCUCAAAAGCCGAGCAAAUGGGCAGACAGAUGCAUGUAUGCCGAACUGUUGGAAAUGCCAGACGAAUCCGAGACUUUUCACGGGGAUGGUGUUCCGGACGAUCUGGAAACGGGGUGGGUAGCUCUAGCACCUGUACCCACUGGUAAACGCUGCCUUGCUGUGACUCAUGCCACUGCUGGAAUCGCUGGAGUAGUCCCAAACACUACGAUCCGGUCUAGAGUACUGGGGAAACCGUUGUUAAAACCGUUUCCCUCGAGUCUACCUCCCAAUACUGUUCUCGAUUGCAUCCUUGACGAAAACUGGCGAUUCAACGGGAUCGUACAUGUCCUUGAUGUUUUGACAUGGAAAGGACAAGAUAUCGCCGAUUGCGAAACACCUUUCAGACUUUGGUGGAGAGAUACGAGACUAUCAGAGCUACCGUCAUUUCCUCCUUCCUUUGAAGCAACUACUACUCAACCGUCUAGUAGCUCGGAGACUUCACAGUUUCAGUUUGCACACCCAGUGACAUUCAUGCCGAUACCGUAUCAUACGAACAUCUCCCUCUCACGAUUUGUCAAUGAGCUCAUCCCUCUCACGCGUGUUUCUCGCCAUCUGCCAGUACAAAUUCCAAUCACGAAUCCAUCUUCAGGGAUGGAUUUGGACAUACCUUCCACCGAACUACAAACCGUUAGCGUAGAGGUGAAGUCCGAUGGCAUACUUCUAUAUGUCUCUCAGGCGACGUAUGAACCUGGAACUAGCCCGUUGAGUACUUGGAUACCAAUACGGGCGUAUACCGAGUGGAAGGACAAGGAUAAGAUGGAGGAUACGACUGAAGGGCCGUUGGACAAAUUCGAAAGACUUAUCAGAAAGAGACUGUCGCGGUCUCCGGGACAUCAUGCGAGUGAACCUGUAGAAAUCGAAAUGAACUGAGCGAUUGGUCUCCCAAACUGCAACCGUUCAAAAUUGUACAGUAUAUAGCAGCAGUACAAGUCAAUAUGAUAGGCUUUUCGAAUACCCUGGCCGAGAGCUUUAGCGGGUUAGAGUGAAAUUCA